UUUAGGGUCGCUAUUACUAACGCUACCAAGUAGUAGCCUUCUGAAUUGGCUUGAAACAUGCUUCAUUGAUAUAAGAUAAACUCUUCGUCUCGGGUUAUGUCGAAGUCUCAUAGGAUGAGGGGCACGGCUGAUGGCUGUAGAAUUGUCAGCAAAAUAGUACCGCCCCUUUUAUUUACGCCCAAGCUUGACUGCAAGUCAUUCGACAGAUUCGGUUCGAACAUGGCGCUGCAGGCUGUGUGCCGUGUGCCGGUAAAGGCUCAUACAAAGCUAGAUUUAGCCGAAGAUGAAACACUGGAAGAUCUGAAGAGUGUAUCUUCCAUUUUAGAUGACCACUGUAGCCUGCAGAUCCCUCGGAUCAAUGGACUGGAAAACUUCCUGACAGACGAGAAUGGGAAGGAGAUGAAGAUUCACUUCGCCCAUGGUACGACCACCCUGGCAUUCAAGUACAAUGGUGGAGUCAUCGUCUGUGCAGACUCAAGAGCCACAGGAGGCAACUAUAUUGCCUCGCAGGAGGUGCGUAAGAUCAUCCCGAUCAACGACUACCUGCUGGGCACGAUGGCCGGCGGCGCGGCCGACUGCACCUACUGGGAGCGCGUGCUGGCCAAGCAGUGUCGCAUCUACGAGCUGCGUAACCGCGAGCGGAUCAGCGUGGCAGCCGCCUCCAAACUGCUGGCCAACAUGGUCUACAACUACAAGGGCAUGGGACUCUCCAUGGGUGUCAUGAUCGUCGGCUGGGACAAGCGCGGGCCCGGCCUGUACUACGUGGACACAGACGGCACGCGCACUCCAGGCCGCCUGUUCUCGGUCGGUUCCGGCUCGCUGUUCGCGUACGGCGUGCUGGACGCCGGCUACCGACCCGACCUGACCGACCAGGAGGCGUACGACCUGGGCCGGCGCGCCAUCUACCACGCCACAUACCGCGACGCCGCCUCCGGAGGCAUCAUCCGAGUGUUCCACAUGAAGGAAUCCGGCUGGGAGCGGAUCACGGAGGAGGACUGCAAGGACCUGCACGAGCGCUACGCCGCCGAAAAACCCGAAACAUCGCGGCCCUCGGACGAGAAGUACGGCGUGCUGUGAAUCCUCGCGCUGGUGGCGCCGCCCGGCGGACUGAGCGGGAAGCUGAACUUGGCAAGGCACUCACUGUGGCGCUAACGUAUUUGUGAUUCAAUACACUCGUGACGUUGUU